GAGAGUCUAAGGGAACGUUCUCAACGGAGACCGCAUGGAGGCUUGGGGUGUCUGAGGCGGCGGCGGCGGCGACCACGAACUGGGAUUGCGGUGGGCGUGUCAAUCGGCGGUCGUCUUUCUCAUAUAGGGUGGUUGCGCGGGUUGUCGUGUAGUUGAGUGCGUGACUUUGCGGUGUUGACGGUGCCUUCGUGAGUCGGGGAAGCGAGCUGUCUUACCGAAGGGAAAAGGAGAGUUGGAAAAGGAGAAGAGAAGGAGAGUUGGAAGAGGAGAGUUAGAAAAGGAGAGUUGAAGAUAGUGUGUUGUUCCUUCUCUCUCUCAAGUUCUCUCUUUUGCACAGUGACUUUGUUAAAAAUGAAUAACAUGAGCAACGUUAGUUUGGACCGAAACGUCCUUCACGAAUAUAAUUAUUAUGAUUACCACAAUCAAAUGGCGCCGUAUCACGUGACCGGCUAUGAGUAUUCGUCAUAUCCUCCAGUAGAUCCCGGGUUUUACGACGGGCGUGAGUGCCGCGAGUGUGCCAACUGCGGUGCCUCCCGGACCCCCCUGUGGCGGAGGGACGCCAAGACCGGGCACUACCUGUGCAAUGCCUGCGCCCUCUACACUCGCACCAACGGCAUCAACCGCCCCAUGACCAAGAUGCCCGCGCGGAGGCAUUCCGGCAACAGGCGGCUCGGGCAAGUGUGCACCAACUGCCACACGACCGUGACCUCCCUCUGGCGUCGGAACAGCAACGGCGACCCCGUGUGCAACGCCUGUGGCCUCUACUACAAGCUGCACAACAUCAACCGGCCGCUGACCAUGAAGAAGGAGAGCAUCCAGACCCGGAAAAGAAAGCCCAAGAAGUCGAGUGACAGCAAGAGUUCCUCCACCUCGUCCUCGAUCCCUUCUUCGGCCACUUCUUCAGGCACAAGCACGCUGACCACGUCCUCCUCCAGCACCGCCACCACCACGCCCUCGGCCUCCAAGUAUCAGACUUCUUCGGUGUCGACAGAUCCAAGAGUGAGCUCCUACUCGACCCCCUCUCACGCUUCCCUUUGGCCCGCAGUGAAGACGGAGCCCUCGAGCGCCUCCUACACCAUGUACGGCACCUCCGCCUACGGGUCCCAGAGCACCUCCCCGUCGGGCACGUCCUCCUCCUCCACCCACCUGCUUCCGUCGCUCCUCCCGCCCUACUCCUUCCCCAGCCUCAAGCCCGCCCCGCCCUCCACCCUCCAGUACGGGGUCAAGGACGAGCCCUCCUCCCCGGGGACUGGAGGCGCAGCAGGAGAUAUCGGGGCAGGAGGAGGAGGAGGAGGAGGAGGGAGUCUCCACCACGCCCACGCCGCCCAUUCCGUCGCGCACGGGGCCGCCCACGCAUCGUCCAACGGCCUGGCGACGUCCCCGCGCGACCCCUUGGCUGGGGUCACCGCCUCGUCGGCCAGCCACAUGACCCCGUCGCACCUGCCCGUGUCCACGUCGGCAGGGACCCCACACCUCGGCUCCCCGGGGUCCGUGGCGCCCCACUACUCCGCCAACAUGAUGCUGCCCCACAUCGUCUCCUCCGCCUGCCUGGGGUCGACCUCUGUGCAGGGCCACUCCCCCCCCGUCACCCCCACCACCCCGCACACGCUGGAACACCUGUCGUGGAAGGCCAAGUGAGAGACACCCAGGGAGGACGAAUGUAAAAUAACAAGAGAGAGAGAGACAAAGAAAAAAAAAAUCUAAGGCAAAAAAAGAAAAAGAGUUGUAUAGGUAUUAAUGUACAUAGGAAGUUUUCUUUUAGUAUGGAAGACAUGUAUACUCUGUUGAAUACGUGUGUACAGAUGUGUGUUUUUUUCGUAAUAGCUUUUAAGGCGCUUUUUGUAUGUCGUGACUUAGCUUAAGAUGGUUCUAGGCACACCAAAGAUAGAAGGUAGACCAAGUGUGCCAAAGAUACUAGGUUUAGCAGGAGUGCCGGCGGUUGGAGUGCCAAAGGGGUCAUCGACAUGCCAGAGGACUUCAACCUGAGGGCGAUCUCCAUGGACGGGGCUAAAAUGGCUAGUCGUUUUGCGCGGUUCCUCUCGUGUCCCAUUUUCUUUGUUAUUCGUUUUCCUUUCUCGUGUUUCUUUUCUUCUGCUUUUAAAAUCAGUGUUAGUUUGUUGUUUGUUCGUCUUUUUUCCAUCUUCUAAUCUGCUGUUCCUCGCUCUUUCACGCACGUAGCAGUCUUCAUCCUUCAUCAGGCAUUCCACUUGUUUUGGUUUGUUUACCAAGGAGAACGAUCACCUUAUGGACGACGGCUAAAAUGGAUGCUGAUUUCCAGUCGUCUUUCGGUUCUCUUAGUAUACGUUUUAGUGUUAGCUAGUUUGUUAGACUUUAGAUUCUCUUUUUUUUCACUUUUAUCUGUUUAAAGAAUUAAAUCGAAAAAAACAACAUACUCUUUUAUUAAUUGGGUAUGUUACCUCGCCUGAAUAGUACUCACAGCUGAUUAUCAAAUCCCUAUUUUCAAAUCCGUCGAAUCGGGGGAAUUAUGAACUUAAGUGAUCACAUGAUUAUGUAAAAUAAGGGGAAAUAAUUUAUCCUGUUUCGUUGUGGAUCGAAAAGGGUUCUGUAAACUGUAUUGUGUGUCCGUCUCUUUGAACGUUUGUUUUGUAAACGUUUUUUUUUCCUCUUAAUUUGUAAAACGUUUUUUCCUCUUGUUUUCUCUCAGACACAAACAGACAGAUAUGAAAAAAAAAUGAUAAGCUCUUGUAAAUACGGCAAGAGAGUUCAGGCGAAACUAUUUUUCAAUGUAUGAAAAUAAAGAAAGACAUUCAUUUAUACGUGUGUUUUUUCUUUCUUUUUCUUUUGUUUUACUGCACUCAAUUCGUGUAUUUUUUGGAAUGUGUGUACAAUAGCAAUAAUUAGUGUUAUGGAAUAUAAAUAUUUCUGUCAUCAGUGUCUGUAAAUAAACGAACGUUAUUAUUAAUAGAAACAUUUGAUUUAUUUGGUUAUUAUAAUACCAAUUUGGUCAGUUAUACUUGAUUUUUAUGAUUGUUACUAUUAUCAUUAUUCACAUCAUAAUCACCAUCAUAUUAUUA